UUGAACAAGGAUAGAGCACGCUCGUAGCGCUAAAAGCGUGCUCCCCGAACCCAACCUAAGUUUAUCGCAACGCGCGAAAAAUUUGUCGCGUCGUCCUUUGGUUUGUCGGUCAACAAAAAAUUUCUUGUAACCCAUUACUCAUCCCAGAUUCGCCGGCAUGGCGAGUUUAUUGGACUUGUGCGAGCGAUAUUUCGGCGCCCGUAAUUUUUAUGAUGUAUUGAAGAUACCGAAAAGCGCGAACGACAAGCAGGUGAAGAAAGCUUAUUACAAACUGUCAUUACUCGUACAUCCGGACCGGGUCGAGGAUGAUAUCAAGGCCGAAGCGACGGAGAAGUUCAAAGUUCUUGGUGGAAUAUAUUCCAUUCUUAGCGACAAUGAAAAACGCAAAGCUUACGACGAAUCCGGACAAUGUGACGAGAAAAUCGAAGAGUUCGACGUGCGCAAACUGACAGACGAUUUUAUAUUCUUACUUGAAGAACUAUUUAUAAUUAUCGAAGAUCUCGAUUGGGAGAUUCAAUGGCAAUUCCUUUUACUAGUUUUUAAUUGUUUCCUUGUCUUGAAGUAUGACAAAGAAGCGGAAGUCGAUGUGCGCGAAUUUACCAUUGACUGUUUGAACACCUUAAAUAAAAAAAUAUUAACUGUUGAAAAUAAUAAUGACAAGAAGCCGAUAUUGUUUUCAAUUUAUUUGUGUUUGCUUCUCUUAAAAAAACUGAAAUACGAGGAAGUAGGAAUCAUAUGCAAAUGGAGUAUCAAUUAUUUGAGAGUCUCACUUGAAGAAAUAUCAACUAUCGAAAAUAGGAAUUACAAGAAGCUGAAAUUGUUUUCAGUUUUUUUUGUUUCUUGUUUUUCUUAAAGACAAGGAUUUUUUAUCAAAAAGACCAAUUUUAUAAAAAAAAUCUGAAAAAUAAUACACAUGCUUGCAGAAGUUGCAAAGUCUCUUUUUCUGUUCUCUCAACUGCAUAUGGAAAUAAGGAUAUUCAGCUUACAAUUAAUUUUAGCAUUAUUCAGAGAGAAAGAAAGAUGAAAGAAAAAUAUUAAAACCGAUAUAAAUCUAAAUUAUAUACUAUCCUUAAGGAAUUAGGCUCGAUCAGAGCUGAAUACGAACUUGAUUUGAUUAAUUCGUUUAUUAAUCACGUUAAAAGUACACAGUUUAUGUAUUCAUUCAUUUUAUGUUAUAUUAACUUGCAUUGACAUUUCUUGAUGUAUGAAAGCUCUUUAGCUCUACAAGUUUCUUUGAUGAAUUACAUAAUUUAAACAGCAAAAUCAAUUUUUUGGGGACAAUAUUUUAUUUUGCAUGUGUUUCUAGAUCUCUAAAUAUGUUUCAUUUGUGCUAUCUCUUUACAAUGAUAUUUCCAUAUAUGAGUUCGUUAUAUGAAUUGAUUUCAAGGGUAUUUUCUUCAAUUUUCAUUUGCUUUUAAAAAAGAUCAUUUAUAUAAAAAUUUAUAUUAAUAUCAAAACUGUAAUAUAAUUUAUGUAAUAUUUUUUAAAUAAGUGUAAUUGAUAAAAAGUCAAUGCGAGUAAAAAUUAAGAUACAUAAAUACAUUACCCGCUCUUUUUCGAUAUUGUUUUUCGACAUUAUCCAUAGAUGUCGCUCUUGAUGAAGUGAUUUAAAUCAUUUGUAUUAAGUUUAUCGCCGCAACGCGCGAAAAAUUUGUCGCGUCGUCCUUUGGUUUGUCGGUCAACAAAAAAUUUCUUGUAACCCAUUACUCAUCCCAGAUUCGCCGGCAU